CCCUUCCGGCUGAAUCAAUACAUGAAGUGUUCCUCAAAGUUGCCUUUGCCAUGAAGCCAAGCUCUUCCAUGCCAUCGAUGAUAAUGAUGACGAUGAUGAUGAACCUAGCUGCCUAAAAUAUCCUAGUCUCGACAAUGCCAAGGGAGAUGCUUUGAUAGACAUGAUGCCUCGACUUCUUGAUGGGUUUGAUGAGGUUGUGGUUGGCGAUGUUCCGGAGCCAAAGGCAUCUAGAAAGUGUGUUGUGGGGAAGGGUGGCCUUGGGGAUGUGGCGGUUGCUAGGGACAAGGUGGUGAUUGGAGGUGAUGUUGUUGACGUAGACAAGGGCAAGGGGAUUUGGGAGAAGGGUGAAACACCUAGGUCUACUUGGGGAGGGAAGCUCAGGAUUAAGGGAGGAAAUUUUGGGAAUUUGUGGAGGGAAGUGAAAAUUUCUACUACCGGUUGAAUGGGUUUUUGAGUUUUAUCAAAAUCAAAUACAAAUUGUGGAGAUUUGGGAGAAAGAAGCUAGGGAUUUUGGGAGGGAAAAUUGGGAAUAUAUGAAGGGAAGUGAAAUGCUUGUUGCAGUGCGACCGGCUGAAAUUAAAAAGUGUUUAAGAUA